UUUGCCGCAGGAAGUGAGGCCGGAAGCUCGCGGUUGGGAGCCUGACAACCGUCGGUUGAAAGCGAGGAGGCUGAGGGGAGGGAAGCCACUUUUGACAUUGAAGCCUACCUGACAGAAAAUGCAGUUUCAAGUGUUGGUGAGCUGUACUUUUAUUGCGAUGUGCUCAGCACACGUUCAUCAUAAACAUGAGCCGGUUGUUGCUGAGGACCACUAUAUGGAUAGUGAACACAGUUCAGAGUUCGAUCGGGAAGUCCUGUUUGGCGGAGAGAAAGAAGUUGGGGAACUUGCUAAGUUAAGCCCUGAAGAACAACAAUCCCGACUCAAAUCCCUCAUCAAGAAGAUGGAUGCAAAUGCAGAUGGCUUUGUAACCAAAGGUGAACUUAGUGGAUGGAUCCAGCAGUCAUUCAAACAUUAUGCCACAGAGGAGAGCAAAGAACAGUUUCCAGAGCAUGACCUGGAUGGCAACGGAGUUGUUACAUGGGAAGAGUACAACAUUCAUAGUUAUGACCGAAUGCUAGAUUAUGAUGAGAAUACUCCAAUGGAUGAUGAAGAGGAGGAAUCCCUCAGGCAGAUUUUUUUGAAAGAUAAAAAGCGAUUUGAGAAAGCAAACAUUGAUGAGUUAUCAGGACUGACUCUGACAGAAUUUGUAGCAUUUGAACACCCAGAAGAAGCUGAUUAUAUGAAGGACUAUGUCAUACAGGAUGCUUUAGAUGAACAUGAUCAUGACAAAGAUGGAUUUGUCAGCUUAGAGGAAUACCUUGGUGACUAUAGAAAAGACCCAGGUGCAGAGGAAGAUCCAGAAUGGGUAACUGUGGAACGUGAUCGUUUUGAAAACGAUUAUGACAAAGACAAGGAUGGCAAACUUAAUCAAGAGGAACUCUUGUUGUGGAUUAUUCCCAACAACCAAGACAUUGCGCAUGAUGAGGCUGAUCAUCUUGUCAAAGAAAUUGAUGCAAAUGGAGAUGGGAAACUCACAGAAGCAGAAAUACUUGUGAGUCAGGAACUCUUCCUCAACAGCGAAGCAACCGACUAUGGUAGCCAACUACACGAUGAGAAAUUCUACCACGAUGAACUUUAAUGCCAGUCGUUCACUAGUGUUGGGUUUUGUUUCUAUAAACAACUAAAAUUCUUAGACCACUUUCGAGCGAAUUCACUGGCCAGACAAGCGCUCACCAAUAACUGGUAUUAAGUAAAUGACCAGCCCAGUAGAUUUUAACAGUAGCAUUACUGUUAUAAAAACAUCCAUUCCCAUUAUCCUGCUUACCUUACUGAUAAGAUUGUCCACUUCUAUAUCAUUCACCGUUGCUUCACAGAAUUUGAGGUCAAUAUAAAAUUGUGCACAGCAUGUUUGUACCAAUUUUGAAAACCAACAUAAUCAUAGAAUCAUAGAAAAUUUAUGGCACAGAAUGAGGCUGUUGGCUCACUGUCUGUGCCCGCUGAAAAAGAGCUAUCCAGCUUUAUCCCAUUUCUCAGCUCUUGGUGCAUAACCUUGUAGUUAUUGCACUAAAAGUGCAUAUCCAAGUACUUUUCAGAUGAAAUGAGGGUUUUGGUCUCUACCACCCUUUGUAACAAAGAGUUCCAGGCACUUCCCACCUUCUGAGUGACAAAAAUUAUCUUCAAUUUCUCUUAAUGCUUUCUUCACCCAAUCUAGCUAGGUCUCCUCAAUUUUAUAUACCAAAGUUUAGUUAUUCUUAUAAGAAGUGGACCUAUUAAUCUGCCAUUUAUCAGUACCAUAAGACAAUAGAGCAAAUUUUAGAUAUAAAUUCUAAAUAAUGGAGGAAUGGACCUUCCCUCUGCUGAAUAUUUUUCGAUUUUAAAGCACAGUAGGAGAAAUCAACAAUGAGGGAUGAUUUCCUGUGCUCUUUAUCCACAACUUAAUCGUGUAUGCAUUUUAAUACAUGAGUUUAAAAUCCUGUGACAUAAAUUUGAGGAAACUCCCUAAUAAACAGGAAACCUUUUGCUAUACAUUAUAUUUACUCGUACGGAUUUUUUUAAACUCCCAGAUUUGGCACUAAAUCCACAGUUUCACUUAGCAGAGGUAGGAAAUGGAUAGGUACCAUGCACAGUGCAGUACAAGGUGCUCUACUAAGAUUCAAGCUGAAGCACAUUGUUGGGGGAAAUCAGCCUCACUUGAAUAUAACUGCUAUACCUGGCCAGAAGAAUGCUUGAGGUUGGUGCUAGACACAAGGGAAUUGGAAAAUGUUGUAGUUCCCAGCAGUGAUGUACCUCACCUUGAUGAGCACAUAAUUCACAAAAAAAGUCUUUAUAAAAUGCCCCAAAACAUAUGCUGCCUUUUAGACUUAAAACUGUACUCUAAACUUGUCUCGAGCCAAAUAACAGACCGAGCUGUCUGCAGGUGAAUUUUUUAGUUGUAACUAUCCACUCAGAUUGUUUAAAAGAUAGACACUGCAUUUACAUAAAUGCCAAAUGAUGGCUGAUUUCUGUGUUUUAAUUGUUUGAAGUUAAUCAACAAAAAAGCACCCUCUAGGGUUCCUAAAAAGUGUUGUUGAUUUUACUGUGCUUUGUAAUUUAACAUUUGAGGUCAUUUUUAUAACAACGGAAUCACUUAUUCCAGUGACAGACUUCAGUUGUCAUAUGUUUUUGUUUUUUAGUUUAAACCUUUAGUAGGCAGAACUUCAUUUCAUUCUGGGUUUCUGCAAAUUCAGUUAGUAGUUUGCUGUUAAAGAAAUAACAUAGGUAUCAAGAACUACCGAGUCUAGAACUUAUUAUUUACUGUUGUGAUUUCCAGCCACUCUUUCACCUGAGCCUCAUAGUCCUUAAAAUAAAAUCUGCUUGGUGCUAUUGCUGUAAUUAUUCUAGAGCCUAAUUAUUUCAAUGUAGUUUCACAAGUUAGAAACUAUAUAAACCCAUCAAGGUCUGCAAAUCUGUGUGAAUAAACCUCAAAAUUGUGUUAAUCUGUUUACUAAUUAACUGGUUUCUCACCAAUGUUGGACCCACAUAUGGAAAUAAUGACUCACCAUUCCUACUGUCUUUAGUGCUCAUGAAACUGAUGGGUGUGCAAAUCAACAGGACUUAAACUAUAGUUGCUGUCCUCUUUCUGUAUAGAGCACAAUGCAUUAAAAUGUACACUACUUUCUCUUUUAUAGUUUAACAUUUAUAGAAUAAAUCUGAACCAAUUUGUUAUUGAAUUAAUGUCACUUUUAAAACCGCAAUUCAUUUUCACCAGCUGUUGGGUCAUUUAUAUAUGAAAUCCUCAAUGUAUCAGCAUUAGAUUCUCCACACCAAAUAGACUUUAAUUUCUAUUACUGUAUCUGCCUAAUUAACUAGAAUCUGCCGUUGCAUAAAUUGCUAUAAAUAAACACAUUGGCAUAGUUUAUUCAGUAAUUAAAAAAUGGAAAAUGUUGGAGUACACUGCAGACUCAUUAAUACUUCAGGCAGAGGUCCUUUGUGUUUUAAUAGCGGCGGGCCUGAUGUGUACUCAGUGCAUUUGUCUGCCUUUUAGAUUUCUGGUAUUCGCAAUUUCUUUUGUAUUUUUUAAUCUUCCAGAGUUUCCACUUUGAUCAAGGUGACUUCUAAGAAGGUAAUCGGUUAACAUUCAUUUCUUAGGGUUUUAAUGUUCCAAACACACCUUUUAUAGUGGCCAGCAUUGCAGUUAAAAUGGACUCAUACAGAAGGCUCAGCCAGCAGAAGGAUUCAGUUAGACUUACUGCUAAACUAAGUCAGGUUUUGAACCUGUAUGGGACAUUGAUGUUUUACAAAGGUACAGGAAAGGUCAAUGCUGCUUCAUUGCCAAACUGCACAUAUUGGAGAAAAGGCUGUAGAGUACUGAGAAAGACAGGUCACGGUUCAAUGUGAAUCUUUACUCGACUGUGAGAAUGUCAGUGCUUCUUUUCAGCAUCUGUUUGUUUUAAGCUAUAAUUUAAUGUGUGAUCUUUGAAGCAAUUAAUACCUCAAUGUUCUCUUUCAGUUAAUAUCAUUAUAAAGUUAAGGAGAUGUAUCCUUUGCAGUGUUGUACAUAAUGGUUUACGAUGUUCUUAUUGAGCCUUCUAUUUUAUGAUGGGUGGUAUAAUGUUCCAGUUUGUAACUAAGAUGGCAACCUGGUUUUCACUUAAACCAAUGCCACUAACCCUUGGUUUUAAGAUUAAACUUUUGCUGAAAGUUCAAUUAAAAACUUGUGAUGUUUAAA